CUCCAUCUCCCAUUCAAAGACUUGGCCACUUCUUCAAGCCCCUCUCUCUCGGGUCCUCCUUUUUCAACUCCGUUCAACACCCGGCUCCGGCGACCAUUGACUGCUCUAAUUCCGGCGAGGCAACCCGCGGAGACGGCCCUGUUCUUACAUGGACACAAGCGGCGGAGGCCCGGCAGUGCUCACCUUGGACACCUCUGCUCCGCUUUUCCUCGCCUCUUCUUUAACCGCCGCCGGCGGCCGCGGCCGUGGAGUUCUCAACCGCAAACCGCCUUCGACGUCGCUGACCUCCGGAAGCGAGAUGGAUUUCUUCGCAAACGAGAAGAAGACGACGACGGCCACUACGGCAAGUGUGGAUCAUCCACUCAAGGUCAAGAAGGAAGACCUUACCAUUCAGACUGAUUUGCACCUUGGCAACACGGGAUCUAGUGAUGCUUCAAUGGUCGAUGAUGGCAUGUCUAAAGAAGAUCGUAACGAGCUGGUGGCCAUCCAAGCGGAGCUUGCACGAAUGAACGAAGAGAACGAGAAGCUGCGAGGAAUUCUGAGCCAAGUGAGCAACGAUUACAAAGCCCUUCAGCUGCAUCUCGCCACACUCAUACAACAACGAAGCAAUAACUAUUCGCCACGGAAAGAGGCUAUGAAAGAAAAGACGAUUAAUGAUGGUGGAGGAGAGCUCGUCCCCAGGCAAUUCAUGGAUCUGGCUCCGGUUAAUUCUCGGUCGAGCUCAUCGACGGCGAGCCCUGAUCGGUCCUUCUCGCCUCCGGAAGUAGGAUCGGUGGGUUUGGAUCCCAGCAAAGCCUCGUCGUACGGUGAUCAGCAGGCACAAGAAGCCACAUUGAGGAAGACUCGUGUUUCUGUCCGAGCUCGGUCCGAAGCUCCCAUGAUCACUGAUGGAUGUCAAUGGAGGAAGUAUGGGCAGAAGAUGGCGAAGGGAAACCCAUGCCCUCGAGCUUACUACCGGUGCACCAUGGCCGCCGGUUGUCCUGUUCGCAAACAAGUGCAAAGGUGCGCGGAUGAUCGUUCCGUGUUGAUAACAACCUACGAAGGCACUCACAACCAUCCCCUGCCGCCGCCGGCGAUGGCCAUGGCGUCGACCACCUCCUCGGCCGUCUCCAUGCUCCUCUCCGGCUCGACGUCCAGCGCCGACGGAAUGAUGCUCGCCAGAAAUCUCCUUCCCUGUUCGUCGAACAUGGCCACCAUAUCGGCCUCCGCGCCUUUCCCCACCGUCACGUUGGACCUCACUCAGCCACCAAGUGCUAAUCCUCUGCUGCAGUACCAGUUACGGCCGCCGGCCGUUGCCUUCCCCAGCGCCGCCCCUGCCACCUUCGCAUCAGUCUUCGGCGGCCAGAUGCAGUGCUACAACAACCAGUCGACGUUCUCCGGGCUACAGGUGUCGCCGGAGACUGUAACGGCGGCCACCGCUGCGAUAACUAAGGAUCCAAACUUCACCGCUGCCCUGACCGCCGCAGUCAGGUCCAUCAUCAGCGGUAAUAAUCAGGCCUCCGGCGACGGCGGCGACGACGUCAACGCUGGCCAGAAGUAGCAACGUACAGAUCAAGCCAAGGAAAAAUUACUUUGUUUCUUUUUGGCACGUCGAUUUCUUUUGUCUUCUGGAGAGAAAAGGACGCGAUACCAAACACACACCGUAAUCGUGUAAAUUAUCGUCGAAUUGUUAUUACCAUACGUCGACGAUGGAAUAAAGACGCAACUGCUGCAUGAAAUUAUAUUGAUGUACAUCUCGAUGUUGUUCUGUAAUGGUUUGUCUUCUCUGUUUGAAAAUAGUGGUUGAUGGACAGCGAAUUAGAUA